AUGAGCAUCAGAGGCCUUUGGGGUAGCCUCCUCCAGGCAGGACUGAUCCUCUCUCUCCCUCGUUGGAUCCAAGCCAAAGGCAAAAUCCGGUUGUCAUCGACGGAAUGGAAUGAAUUGUACGAGGCAAGUAGAAUGGCAGAGAUUUCAUACUUCCCAUGGAUAUUGUCAGACUACGACGAACAGAAGGAAAGGUACAACCUCGAGUUUCUUGAGGCAUGGGAGAAGACUCCAGACCAAGCCAUGGUAGCCAAAGUCAAGGGCGUCCACGCCUGCUAUGGUGCAUUCCGUGGAACAGACGAUUUCGACCCGACUUUUGAGGAUUGGAUCCAGAACUUUAGCCUUGAUGAUCAUGAAGUGAAUGGUUGCACUGUCCGGAAGGGCUUCUACGACGGCUACAACACGGCGUACCGAGCCAAGUUCGAAGCGGCCAUGGAACGAUGCAUGGCCAAGUGCUCUGGUAAAAGAGUUUGUUAUCGAAAACGAGGACGAAGGUACUGUCGGCGACAAAAAUGCAAGAUGAUUUUCACGGGGCACAGCCAGGGUGGCUCGAUUGCUGCAGUUGCUGGCCUCGUCUACAAGGAUAAGAACCCCUUGGUUGCUACAUUUGGUGCACCAAAAGCUGUCUAUGAAACUUGUUCGGCUCUCGAACCUACACGCCAUUACAGGUUCAUAAAUGCUCACAAUCUUGAGGCUGGAAGUCUGUACGACCUUGCUCCAAAUCUUUUCGGAAAUGGAGCAGAGCAUUUUGGACGGGCAAUCGUGAUGGGUUCCCAGAACCAACUUGCGCCAGCCUAUAUUGGCCUGAACAACAGACAGCAAAGGUAUGGUAAUUGCGCGGUCACAUGUCAUCUGAUCAGACAUUAUGAGGAACGGAUGAGGAAGGUCCGGGAUUACAACAAGAGAAGGCGCAGAAAGUACAUUUACAUCACGGGAUGGAAGAAUGGCUCCCUCUGUGGUUACGAUGACGAGUGCGAGUCCGGACGCUGUGCUGGGUUGGUCCCUCCUUACAGAUGCCAAGCAAAAGCCAAGUUGUUGGAGCAAUGCUACGGGGAUAGCGACUGUGAGAGUGGCAAAUGCGUCUUUGUUUCAAAUAGAAAUUUGAAGAUUUGUGCUCAGAAGGAUGGCAAGAUUCCAAACGGCGGCCCCUGCAUGGUAGACAGAGAUUGCUCCACUGGUCGGUGUGAGGGAUACCUCGAGCGUACAUGCAAACGCAAAGUCGGUGUCAAAUCUAGCUGCAAUGAGAACAGUGAUUGUCAGAGUGAUGUAUGCCUUCAAUCUGUAAUGAAAUGUGCUCAGGAAGACGGAAAGAUGCCCAAUGGGGGUCCUUGCAGAGAUGGUAGCCAGUGCUCGUCUGGACGUUGUGAAGGAUUUUCGUAUCCUGGAACCUGCGAAGGACGCCUCAAAAAGGGGAGAAGGUGCAAUGAAGACUCUGAUUGUCUAUCCAACGACUGCAACUGGUAUUUCAAAUGCGACUAA